ACUUUCUGAAACGAGCACUCCAGGGGUAUUCCCUAGAAGUACUCUUGGAUGCCCUCUCCUACUAUGCACAGCUGAUAUUUGGUGGCCUGGUCAAUGCCUGCCUCAUAUCCACGUCCGUGUGUGCGCUACGUGCUGGCAACUUACAGAAGCGGAUGCGUUUGUUGGAGCCCUCUUCCAUGGGCUGAGCCCAUUGUUCUGUUUUUGCAUAUUGUAUAGCAACAAAAAUACAUAUAUAAGUACUUGCGAAUUGUUUUAUAAAAGACAAAUGUUUUGCAUAUUUGAGAACGAAUGGGCUUGGGGUGGCACACCACUGGCACCACCGGCCAUAGCAGUAGCAGUAGCAGUAGUUAGCGAGACACCGCCGAGAAAUGGUCGGGCUAAGCAAGAUCUUUGAGUGGCCUUUGAACCGCGUGCAUUGUGCACGUAUUUUGCACAGUUUGCCGGAACAAAGUUGUACGGAGGCGUUUCUGUGGAACUUGUACCGCAAUCACGUGUCCAGCGCGAAGUAUUAUUUGCCCUUGUUGCUGCUUCCGCCGCUCUUCAAGUGGCGCCAAAUGAACAGGAAGAAGCUGUUGUCAACCUUUAAGUACUAUGCGCAGGCCACGACCUUUGCAUCAUGCAUAAAUGCACUCACAUUCUAUCUUAUGUGCAUUGGACGACGCCUAUAUGGCCGAUACGUGCGGAUCUUGACGCCAUAUCUAUCUUGUUGGCUGGCCUCACAGCUCACUUGGUGGAUGCCACCUCGUUUGUUGCAAUUCUAUGGCACAGGCAUAACACAUGCUGCACUGGAGGGUUUAUUGCGGCAAUCGAAUGCUCGCCUGGUGCAGUCUCGAUCGGCACAAACUCUUGUCUUUAUGCUCUGCUCCAUGGUUAUAUUGUGUCAGCAACAAGCACAGCUUUACUCGGGUUUCUGGUUCAUAAAGCCAGACUUGUUGCCCGUGGAUUAUCAAAAAUUGACACUUUCUGAGCGCACCAAGCUGGCGUUGAAGGAGCUUAGCAAGUAUUUUGGCAUUGGUUUGGCUGUGGAUCUCCUUAACGGCUAUCUUCGAGGCAAGGGCAAACCCUCACAGCUGCAGUGGAAAUCAACCAGUUUUAUCGUCUCUUAUAUAGCCAUUUACAAGCUUAUUCAGUUUCUACUGGUGGGCAGGCUAACACUGGGACACAUAAACAGGUUGGCUGCAUUUGUGAGCGGCAGUGCCUUUGCUUUGCUCAAUCGGCUAACCUUCAUGGCAUUCGCGGUGGUUAUAGCCACCCAAGUGAUCUGGCAGAGGUUUUGUGCGUGCGACUCUAGGGACAGUAAACGGUUUCAGCGUCCACUAACAUUGUUGCAGAGCAUACCUUGGGCCAAGCUAUUAAUACCCUGCAAUUUGGCCUAUUUGGUGCACAGUUUGAUUUUCCAGCGGCACGUUGUCAAUGGCCUGGCAAGAGCUUUUAUCGACUGCACCUGCGAUCAAAACUCCCAACGUUUGUAUAAGUUGCUGAUGCUGCCCGAUGUAAGCACUAUUCUGACGACGAUUAAAACAAGGCCGAUCACGCCGUUCCUGUUCUAAAAACCAAAAACAUUCUUUUUUUUUAGAUUAAUUAAGCACCGCUCAAUACCAAAUACAUUCAAUUUCCUAUUUCAAA